CCCAGCCCCCUUCUCCCCGUCUCUACGAAUGGGCGUGCCCCUAGCGGCCCCGCCAUUACGAAGGGCGUGGGGCACCGCCAUUCGCGCGUGAAGUGGCUUCACGCAGUGAGCCCCAAGGCCGAGGUGCCGGUGGUAGCGCAGGCUAUCAAUCAGCUGCUCUACGGCUGAUGCAGAGGUGGGGUGCAGGAUAGCGACGCUAAGAUCAACCACGGUACGCUGAGGCACGAACGUCAGGGGUGGUCAUGGUGGCCACGGCAGCGGAGCAGCUGUCACCGGCUGCCCCAACACGCCGUCAUCGGUAUCGAGACGAAUAUCCAGUGGCACCCGACCCUGGGAAAAGCAGCCACCAUGCGCCACGACCCCCUGUCGCCAGCGACGGUGGACGUGCGCUUAGGAAGCGGCAACAGCAACAGCAGCAAUGGGGAAAACGCACACGGUGAUCACUCUCCAGCGGCUACGGCUACCACUUCGGCUGGGCGCGGCGCGUUUCUACUCGAGGACGUUCUCUACACGCCGGCGGGGGCAGUGGAGGGGAGCGGCAAUGCGCCGCCUUCUUGGCAGCACCGCCCAUCGUCUCCCCAGCAGCGGUGCCGUCUCUGCGGGUCAUAUUGAAACGCGACUUGAAAGCCCUCCUGGCAGCGCAUCAGCCCCUUCAGUGCGACGAGGCCUGCAGGUGGGCGGGCCUGGCAGGGGGGGGGGACUGUGCCGGCAGCCCCGUGGUGAGGAGAGGUACAGCUGGCUAUGUCGACUGCUGCAGACCGACCCUCGUUACGCUCGGCCCCCAAUCACUCAACCGACGCUGCAGCGAUGCCAUCGGAGGCGCAUCACCAGCCGCUCAUCCUGGCAGUACCGCAUCCCUCCGCAGCCGUGGGCAUAGAUCUGUGGUGGAACGCUGACGUGGUCGCGCAAAGCCGGGCUACCCCGCACCCCCUGUCCUUCGCCGCGGCCCCGGCGUCUGUGGCGCAGCUCCUCAUAGCGCGGACGACGCAGGUGCUCGGCCCUCGCAUUCCGCGUGGCUUCUCUCUAGGCUGAGUUCUCUGUCCGCGUACUGUGCCCGCUGAUGUGCUGAUGGCAGCCAAAGCCACCGCGCCCUCGUCAACAGCGGCCACGGCGUCGCCUACGGCGGCAGCGCGGAAAGCAGAUGAGACGCGCCGGGCCGCCGCGGCCGUGCUGGCGCACACCGCGAAGCUCUUCAGCACGCCAAAUGCCGCAGGGAGUGCAAACGCGAAGAUACCCAUGGAUGGAGUGGUAGGCAAGGUGGCAGAGGCGGCGCAGCUCGAGGGGGAGUCGCUGAAGCACCCAGCAGCCCCGACAACCGCGACGACGACACCAUCGGACGAGUCGCGUGCGUUUCCAACGUGUUGGAAAGUUGCCCCACCGCCGUCGCACGCCUCCCUGCCCGCUGUACCGUCUGUUGUGCAGCCCGUGCCAGCCGUGAAGGGCGAUCUUAUGGGGGCGCGUCUCAGGUGAAUGUGGACGGAGCCGCGCGCGCCGUCUUCCCCCUACUGCACCAUUGAUGGCUGA